AUGAGUCGAGAGGAUGAAUUCUCAUCACUUGUCACCCAAGCGCGUCUAAAAUGUGAGGAAGGGAAUUUUCAUGAGUCACUCAAGCUUUGUCAGGAUGCCUACGCAAUAAAUCCUUCUUCUAGUCUUAUGCGAAAAAUUGUUCGUCUUCAAAAUUUAGUAAGCCAAGAUACCAAGGAGAACAUUCCAAUAGCUCCCGAAAAAUCUGAAAAUUCUUUAAAAGGAGCUGCUAAGUACUUUGUUUGCGAGUCUGAGAAGUAUGUAUCUCCUAGUAACAUAACUGACAGCACUAAUCUUCUGAAGGAGGCGUAUUUAUGUGUUCCGUCAGCUGAGAUUGAAUCAAAGAUUGGACGAAGUGAAUCAGCUCAUCCUACAACCUAUACUGAUACUUCAAACACGAAAGAAGCUUCAGGGGAAGAAAAGCUUUAUGAUGGUACUCAAUUCACUCUAAUUGAUAAAGCGAAAUUGUUAUAUCAAUCUGGAGACUAUGUUGAAUGCCUUCGUCUUCUUAAAAAAGCCUACAACCUUAAGCAAUGCGAUAAAGUAAAGCGGAAAAUUGAAAGGAUCGAAAAUUAUUUGAAAGAAAACGGAAUUCCUGUUGAUCAUUAUGAUUAUAAGUCGCACACUAAUAAUGUUGUUACUGCAGUUGACCAUGAUGAUGAAAAGGACCCUCCUAAACUCACCUAUGAUUUGGUCGAAAUAGCUGAUAGAUUCAGUGUUCCCAAGUUGUUAUAUGAUAAAUUGUAUGAUUAUCAAAAGUACGGUGUUAAAUGGCUUUGGAGUUUACAUCAGAAAAAUUCUGGCGGCAUAUUAGCUGAUGAUAUGGGACUAGGUAAAACAGUUCAGGUUAUUGCUUUUCUUUCUGGCCUGUUCGUAUCUAGUAAAUUUUCUUGCACAGUGUUGAUUGUAAUGCCAGUCAGUGUUUUGGUUACUUGGGAAGCUGAACUAAAAAGAUGGGCACCAGGACUUCGUGUUAUUGUUUUUCAUGAUAACAGUCGAGCGGAUCGUCUUAAAAGUUUAGUAUCAAUCCAACGACAUGGUGGUAUUCUACUUACAACAUACGGAACACUUGUUUCCAGCAUAAAAGAUUUGUCUACUGAUUUAAAUGCAAAUCCUGAAUUUUUAAGGUCAUACAAAAAACAAAAAUCCACUGACAAUGAUGCCAGUGAUAUUCUUGCUAGGAUGGGUAAAGAAUUUCAUUGGACUUAUUUAAUAUUGGAUGAAGGACAUAAAGUCAAAAAUUCAUCUGCUAAGACGACCAAAGCAGCUCAAGCAAUUUAUGCAGAUCAUUGUAUUCUCUUAACUGGUACUGCUGUACAAAAUAAUCUCAAGGAAUUAUGGUCUCUUUACAAUGUAACUCAUCGUGGUCGACUCUUAGGUACACAAAAAACGUUUUCUAUUGAAUAUGACAAACCAAUAACUCGUGGACGCGAAAGAGAUGCUUCUCGUGCUGAAAAAGUACACGGUCAAUUAAUGGCUGAAAGUUUACGACGUAUAAUAGAUCCAUAUUUUUUGAGACGCACAAAAUCUGAAGUUUUAUCUCAACAGUAUAAUAUGAAUGCGGCUGUACCGAUAAAAGAUAAAAUGCCACGUAAAACAGAAAUUGUAUUAUGGGUUUACUUAAGUUCCAUACAAGAAUCCACAUAUCGUGAUUUUUUACAACUUGAUAACGUAAAAGAAUUAUUAAUGCAACGUACAAAACGUUCACCAUUAAUGGAACUGGUAAUUCUAAAAAAGCUCUGUGAUCAUCCGCGUCUUUUGUCCACUGAACAAUGUUUAAAUCUUAAUUUAAAUUAUGAUGAUGGCAAUGGUAAAGGUGAUAAUUUUCAUAUUGAUGAAAUUGUUUCACAUAAAAUACAUUUUCCACCAUCAGAACAACUGAUUAAAGAAUCUGGGAAAUUCUUGUUUCUUCAUUGUUUGAUGAAACAGUUUUUGCUUGAAUUACAAUCGAAUCCACAAAGAGAUUCACCGCGCACGUUGAUAUUUUCACAAAGUAUAAAGUUUCUUGAUAUGGCUGAAAAAGUUAUUCUAGAUAUAAAAUGUCCUGUUAAUAAUUAUACAUUUAGUGACAAUUUGCACUGUCCUACGCAACAUCGUAUUUUACGGUUAGAUGGUCGUACUGCAAAAGUAUGCGAUCGUCUAAGCAUAAUUAAUAAAUUUCAAAAUGAUAAAUCUUAUACAGUUAUGCUGUUAACUACUCAAGUUGGUGGUGUUGGACUGACAAUUACAUCAGCUAAUCGUGUUAUCAUUCUCGAUCCAAGUUGGAAUCCAGCUGUAGACUCACAAGCUGUAGAUCGUGCGUACAGAAUAGGUCAAAAAUUAGAUGUAGUUGUAUACCGAUUGAUUACUUGUGCAACUGUCGAAGAAAAGAUUUAUCGUCGUCAAAUAUUCAAAGAUUCCGUAAUUCGCCAGACAACGUCGACAGGCCAAAACAAAACGGACUUAGAUCCUUACCGGUAUUUCAGUCGCCAAGAGCUGGUUGAAUUAUUUAGUCUCGGAGACACACGUAUUUCUGAAACUAAACGGCAGCUAGACAUAUUACAUGAUGGUUCAGAUAGAUGGUCUGAUAGUUCCAUUAGCCCACAUUUAAAAUUCCUCAGUAGUGAUGCACUAAAGCAUGUUGUUUAUGGUUUAUCGUUUCAUGAUUUAAUGUUUAGUAAGGAAUCUAUUAACGAAGGAGCUAUUGAUACGGAUCAUGAGAAAUUAUACGUUAUGAAUCGUUGUGUUGCAGCUGAACGUGCCAUAGCUGAAGAAUGUGCUGUUGAAGGAAGAGUAAUUGGUAAAGAAAUGCCAGCAGUCACAAUGACACAAGCAGAAAGUACUGUAAAAUCAUUGCCAACACAUUUAGCAAAUCUUAAUUUACAAAAUAAAUUACCACCUUCCAGUUACCACAAUCAUGACAAUCGUUUUAUUAAUCAUGUACCAUUAGAUCAAUUGUUCAAGCCUUCCAAGUCUGACACUCAUAGACCAAUGUUCAAUAGACCAGUAACAUCAUUUAACAAUCCACACACUAACAUCAUUUACACUUCAUCUAAUAUUGAACAUCAUAGUGAAAAUAUAAGUCCCAAUUCAAAUAUACCAUUAGUAUGCACCACUAUUGAGCAUCAAUCAGUUGAUCGAAUUAGUUCUGUAAACACGUACGGGGUAAAUGAACCCCUUUCGCCAAAGCUAGGAUGUCAGUUACAAGAUGUUACUGAAGUUGUAGAAGUACAGAAGAAGAAUGAUAAUGGAUCUCUGGAAAUCAGGAAUUCUCCAACUGAUGAUCUAUCGGAUAAUGAGUGCCUCGAUACACCUAGUGCACCAGUUGCUGAUAUAGAAUGCAUAACUAUAGAGGAUUCAAUUACGCAAAGUUUGCGAGAAAUAAGUAUAACUCAGAAAACUCCAUCAAGAUCUCAUGAUAAUGAGAAAACUAACAAAGGAUCAAAUAUUUUAAAAACUCCACUUCAUCAUCUUCGAACUUCGUUAAAUUCGAGAUCAUCAUUUGCACCAUUCAAUUCAAAUUUUUAUCGUUCUACUCCAUUAUCUUCAAGGAAGUCAACAAAAAUUCCUCCUAAGGAACACUUUGAACAGUGUGGACAGGAAUUAAACGAAAAUCUCGGUGACAUCAAAUCACCAACAGAUUUUGAUCCUGCUCAGAAUUAUAUACAUAUGGAUAUUAGUAUGGACAUAAACGAAGAUGAUUUAGCUAAUACAGUAGAUAUGAAGUCAAUUCAGCAGGUACUUGCAAAAUCUGGUAUUUUGAAUUCUACUGAUUUAAACAAUAUAAAUGAAACUGGAGGAGGUGAAUCCAUGUCAAAUUCAAUUGAAAUCCAUAAAUCUUCCACUGAACAAGAACUUAAUUCAGUUUCGGAAGAAAAUGAUUUGACUAAAUCUUUAAGUGAUUCUGAAGUUGCCAUGGACUCUUACAUAAAUCGUCAGUCUGUCGAGAAGACGCAUAUUGACGAUACUGAUAUUAUUGAAUCUAGUUUCUGAAGAUGUUUUUUAAAAUUUGAUUUUAAAAUAUGUAAAUAGUACAUCAGUUCAAUAUAAUCGUUACGUUUUCUUUACAUUAGUAAAGAGUAAUUAUAAAAUAAUAUCCUAAUAAGUAGAAAAUAGAAUUUCUAUCGUUUCAUGGCAUAGUGUAAGUUGCUGCUUCAGAAACAAUUUAAUUUUCUACUCACUGGGAUAUUACAAAUGUAUUAUUUUAUUAUUACAAACAGUCUACUCAAUCCUCAAUGUAUUCGAAAGUAAGUGGAAAAUGACAUAUAUUUUGUAUUUUUGUCAAUUGAGUAGCUACGAACAGAAUAUUAGUAAACUGUGGGCCAGUUUUUAAAAAAAUUGCCAACACCAUGUUUCCUGCCAUUCUAGGUAUUGGUGAAAUUUGGCAUUGUAUCUACUACUGGUUUAAGCGAAAUUAGUAAAUACAAAGGUGCAGGAGUAACCAUUUUGUAAACUUUAUUUAAAGCUCAUAAAUUGUGGUCGUUUCGCAAAUUUGCUAGUGACAUCAAUCACUAUUUUUGUGACAUCAUGCAAAUGCUCACAAUGUCCAUCCAUAAUUUUUAGCGGACUGCUAGGUAGUCUUUAAACUACCUCAGCGAAAGAAUAAAAGUACACAAAAUGGAAACAAAAAGACAUUCGUUCCCCCAGGAUCUUGCAGCGUUUUUUUAAACAAAAAGCUCACCACUUUGGUCGGCCUAUCUCAUUCUUAUAUAUUCUUUGACUAAUACUCAUUAGUGCUAAUGAAUUUUGGGGAUAUUUUAAACCAAGCUACAUCCAGGGGGCAAGAAGUUUGUUUGAUUGCUUAGACUGAUGACUCACAUGCACAUGUGUGUUGCUAGACCUCCAAAUAAACUGACAAUAUACGAGCACCUUAUACAUCAAAAUUAUCGUAUAUAAACCAUAAUAGCCACGGGAAUCAAUAAUAAUGAUUAAUCAGAAAGGCGCAUAGAACUGUUGCUGAAAUAAGUGAUUCAGAAUGCUAUAAAGAUUGUUGUUCAUAACAAAUGGUAUAUUAGCAUCGAAGAUAUAUGCAUACCUGUAUUAUUGGACGUGAACGAAGAGAAAAAUGAGUAUAUAACAUGAUAAUACAAAAAUUACCUGACCAAUGUAGAUAAGAAUAUAAGGUAAAAUGACUUUUAGAAAACGAGAUGAACUUGCCUUUUAGAGAGAAAUCUUUCAAUUAACGAAUAGUUAUGACAAAACCCAGUAAAUUUCUAAUGUCCUUGGUGUGGUUACGUAAAUAUUAUCAAAAAUUUGAAGUAUGAAAACAACUGACACUUGAAUUAAAUGCAUUUAAAGCAUAAAGAUUUGUCAAAUUGGGUUUGCAUCAGUCUAUGUUUGGUUUACGAGAUGCCUUAGAUUUGUACGCUGCAUUGAACUCACUCGUUGAUUUACUAAUUUGUGGCUGAUAUGGGUUGUGUCCGCUUUCUCAUAAAAAUUUUUAGCUGCCGCAUUACAUUUAUUACGUUUGGUAACUACAUAGAAUAUGUUGUCUGAUUAGAGUUCGGAAAGCUGUGUCGAUUAACUAAACUUCUUAGUCUGCGUCUGACUUUGAGGUUACAUUUACUUUCAAAGGGUAUGUUGAAUUUUUUGUUUGACUGAUCAAAGUGAACUAGGUAGUGAAAAUAUGAACUUUAAGGCUUAAUGAUUCAGCUAUUAACUAUUCAAUACCUACUGUGUGCGCUCAGACAGUCUAAUAUCUAAAAAAUGAACAGUUUUUGUAUCGAUGGAGAUGUUUCUAAGCUGUCUCAUAAGUGUAAAAUGUUUUUAUUCAUUUGGUAUAUCAAAAUGUAUCAAUCCUAUCCUAUCAUCAGAUAUUGGUCUAUCUAAUGAACUCUCUCAUUUCUGCGUCUUAUAUCACACAAAUGUUUUGAUAAAUACACCAAAAUAUUAUAUUUCUUUUCAUAAGAUAAACCGAUAUUAUUUUGUAAGUAUCAGGUAUAUAAUUUAAAUUUAAAAUGCUACUGCAGAAUAUUUGACAAAAGCCAAUCGAGUAUUCUGAAACUUUGCCGAGAUUUCAACGGACAUCAGCCCUAAUGGGCUGAUGAGAGUUCCGAGAUAAAUUAUUUGCUUUUGACUAAAUCAACUCCUUCACUCGCUGUGAACAAUCUAAGUGAUGUUGCAGUUCAGUCCUAAAAUUGCAAGAAAAGCAACCCAUAAGUUUUUGCAUUGUUGCUCGAGGCGUUUGGAAGAUUGGUCUUUCUAAUUAUCCUUAUUUAUCACAAUUAUCAUCUGAGUAUUCUAGAUUGAUAAGUGAGUUUCCGAGUAGAAGAUAUAUACUUGGAAAUUUAAACGAAGGAAAUUUCUAUGUGAAUACUUGUAACGAGGAAAAAUGGGGAUAGCGAGCUGCCUUGAAGAACGCUGAUGAAAGUUGCCAAUUACGGCCUUAACUCAACUAAAGGUAUUCAAGUAAAUAGUCUUCAGGAGGUUUACAUGCUUUCCAACACACCUUUCAACGACAAACACAACCACAAAACCUCUUGGUCAAGGUAGCCAAAUGCUCUCCUCAGGUCAGUGAAUUUGAUUAUAUUUGAGCGUUGGUAUUUGUUCUAGUAUAUUAACUUAGUCAAGACUUACAUGAUCACGUCUCGAGGUGACUUGGUUUACGCAUUUUUGCUGUUCCAAAGUAAGUGAUAAAGCAGGCUAAAGUUUUAGAUAUCUUGUUGUCUCACACCACAACACAUUGGUAUUAUUGUUUGUUCUUGGUAGUACUACUUUAUCUGACCUGCUUGGUAUAAUACAACCACAAAGAAAAAGUACUCCAACCAGUGUAUCGUCACGAUAUAAAAGUUAGACAGUCAUGCCAAUGUGGCAUCGAUAAUCAGAGCUGUAAUCAUUAUUAGUAUUCUCGCUAUGGGUCAAUGAACAAUUUACACAUAAUAUUAGAUGUACUCUUUUAUGAUUGUAUUAUUGACAAUGACUAGAAAAUUUCCUGGAGGUGAUGCGUUCCCUGAGCUGGAUGACUUAGUCAUUAAGCUUUUAUCCUCAUCACAGACAAAGUUGUUAGCACGUACUUAAAAAACAAGUGAGGUGUUAAAAUUUCUCAGCAGUUUGAUUUAUGAAUUUUUUUGAAUUAUUCUGAUCAAAUUUUCGAGAACUAAUUUUGUGAUCAUCAAUUCAAAAAACUGCAUAUUAGAUCUUUUAAUUUUCAAUGCCAAUUUAUAAUCUUAUCAAUCAAGUCAUUUGACUUCUUAUGACGUUUUUUUGAAAUUUGAGAUCACUGGAGAGAUUCUCAUGUUCAUGAAACAAGGUGUUUAGUGAUUUCAUAUUUGUUAAAAGGUUUGUGCCAUGUUAUAAUAUAGACAUAUUUAUACACAGUAUAGAAAAGUUAUUUAUCUACUACGAUUUUUACAUGUUAUUACGUCGUUUAAGUGGUUGCAUCCUUAUGUCUAACCGUAAUGCAAACACCAUACUUCAUAUAUGCUACCAACAGUGAACGAAUUCUUCAUUGAUUAGUUCAACCCAGUUUAUUUGAAUCUUUUAGAGCAAGUUAGGUUCACAUGUACAGUAAUUUUAAGUUCAUUGUGAAUGUCUGUAUGGAAUAAUGAAAGUGAAUACUGAUAUAUUUACCUUAUUAAAUUCGCAACGUUGUGACCUCAACCAUAAAACAGUUUGUGAGAUUUUCAUAGUUUAUAUCGUAUGCUUUAAGACAAUGAAAAUUCUAAAAUUUACAUAAACACUCCACAAAUAAUAGUUACUCAUUCAUCAAUGACUAGCUUCAAGAUGCUAUUCUUGGAGUUCUAGUGAUAAGCCGUGACCACUGGAGUCCAAUCAUAUCGGGUGUGAGACAGUUAUCUAUUGUAGGCAUUAGAUGAGGGUUUGAGAUGCAAACCACUGUCUGUUCAGUGAUCUAGACGUUAAGCGUUCACGAGAAAAACUGAAGGUUCUGGGUCCAGUCCUCUGUCGUGAGGUUGCAAGUGCACAUUUUACAGUAAUCGCAUACUAGGAUGAAGCAGCUAUUCAGUGCUCCCAGGUUUUCAGUGUUGGUCUAGCUAAGAUCAGUUAAGGAUUCAAACUAUGAAAAUGAUUUGAUUUCGUAUCAAAUUGAAGCUCACAUUUUCAAUCACUAGUCAUUUUUCACAAUUAGUUUGUCAGUUUUGUAUAAAUUAUGGUUUAGGUUUUUUAAUGCUCAGUCCGCUGUAUUAAGUAUUUUAGGGAGUUAAUUUUAGCUAAUUUCAAGCUCCUAAUAUGUUUCAUCAUAUUAUUUUGUUAACAACCCUCGAAGACAAUGUUAAUUUAAACUGAACUGUGCAAUCGUUCGUGGAAUAAGGUAGACAAUUGCGAAAUAGCUUAGAAAGAUGGGGAGAGUGUAUCUAUACACUAAUGUCAAGGGAUAUCGAAGCAUAAUUUUAGAUGCUUUACUUCACUAAAACCAACAUUUCAAUACUGAGUAUCAAAUGUCUAUUUUAAUUUUUAAAUGAGAGAAAUAAUUACUGUUACAAAAGUAUAUAUUUGAAUCAACGGUCUUCUAAAUUUUAUGGGGUUUUCCUCUGGGAGUUUUCUUGUCUUUUGACUUAAGCGUAAUCAGAUUAACAAAUCAGUGGAAGAUAUUUGAAAACUGUCAGACUCAAAAACUAAUUAAACAUCACUUUCUAACUCUUACAUUUCGACUGAUAAUCAUAAUGAUAUGACUAGGAUAGAUGAUUGAUUUUUCUACUUACAGCUACUGAAUACAAAAUGUUAUCUUUCUUGAACAGCAUUCGUCAUGAUUAAAUUUGUUCAGGAUUUAAUAGUAAUUUGUGAUUGUGGAUUGAGCAAAACCGAAUAUAUCCUUUCCGUGAAGUUAGCAAUCUGAUAUCAGGAAGUGGUGAGAAAAUUAUGGUUGUUCGAGAGAACAUUUUUAAGGAUUACGUGUUACACAAAUUCUAAGAACUCCAAUGUGCUAGUAUUUUCAGUAGUUUGACAUUUUUCAUAUAAACUGAAUCGCUCCCUUCACAGUUAGCCUUUUAAUCAUUGUUAAAUCAUUUUUGGACGAAUCAAUAUGAUAAUUAUCAUCUGUGAAUAUACCAUAGAGAAUCAUAUUUGGAGUGUAUUUUGGACUUACUUAUCAUUAUACUAAGUUGUGUUGAUCAUUUAAGAAUCAUUUAGUGUUUACUGUUACUAGUUUUUCCUUCUUUACAAAUUUACUUCAUUAAAAAUGGCAUUGUAGUUUUUGUAUAUUAUUUAAUAACAUACAUAUGAUAUGAAAAGCAUGGGUAACAGGCCCAAAUAAUGACAUGGACAAAGAUUAAUACUCGAUACGAAUAUUUCAACAAUAAUUCCCAGCCUACAGUUAUCAAUAACAGACGACAAGUUUUUUCAUUAAGUAAACAGCAUAGUGUAGCUAUAACAAGUUUAAGGAUAUUUUUAAAAAUAUGAGAGUACAAGUUUAAUUAUGUAUAGAUUAAACAGUAUAAGGAUUAAGUUACUAGUAGGAAUUAUGAUUUUCAAAAAAUAGCUUAAAAACUUCAGAAUUUAAAAAUAGAAGAUAGAACUUGCAGCUCAGGUGGGUGUUUUCGGUGAUACUGAGCUAGAUAAUGAGCUUAUUGCCUAUUUCACAAGCCUCAAAACAGUUUUUUCUACCGGCCUUGGUUGCGAUUGGUCGUCUUCGUAGGUUGCAUUUUAUUUAUUUGUCCUUGUAUUCAAGUUGACCGUCUUGUCCACAUCAAGUAUCGCACUUAAGUGAGCGCAUUACUUUUAGAUUAGUGAAUGGCAAUCUCAUGGUCCGCAUAUUCAAAUCCAGUUUACUCAUAUGCAAUGAUAAUCAUUUAAUCUAUAUACGUCUCAAAAUUGACUUAAUCUGUACAAUCAAUUGACUGGAAAAAUUUAAUAAUGAAAAUACUGUAAUUUUUUUCUCGCUACUAAUAUUUAGUUAUUUCAACACAUAAACAUUGAUACAAGGAGGCAACAAACAGUUAUGCGCCAGGUAAAUCAUUCGGUUUAUGUGAGAGCUGGGAUGUUGCCCGGGUGCCCAGACCGGAGCAGGUGGUUUUAGGGGACCACACCCCGAGCCUUGACCUGGUCUGAUCCACAUAGCAGUACAACAACGUCAGGAGAUGCAGUCCCAUGGUAACCGGUGACCAACGAUUGGUUCGUACACCAUUUGUUCCUUCAGGAUCCUGGAGACUCUGUACACCAUUGAUUUGGAAUCAGGGUUUUCCAACUCCCCUAGGUGGACUAUCCAUGUCCACCAACCCGGUUAAAUCGUCGAACAUUCGCUUUUCGUCCUCUCAAUUUCGUAAACAACACCCGUGGUGCGCGGAGGCGGUGAGUAGGACUUCCUUGGUAGUGGUUGUAUGCAUGUGGCCAUGUGAGAGCAUUUCGAGAGGGAGAGCAGACUCCCCCCACCCUCGGCCGUACCAGGGCACUUGGGGGUCAUCUAUGUUUUGAUGUGAAGCUUGGUUCCCUAGGAUUAACGACGGAACUGAUGACUUUGUGCACAUAAAAGAUGAUUGAUCUCUCAAACGUUAAACCAUCUAGGAUCAAGAACACGUUAUCAGGCCAACAAACACGCAAAUAUUAUUGCAAUUAAUAAAGCUAGGAAGAAAUAACAAAACAGAUCUAGCAGUUGGUUUGGGUUCAUCAGCCAAUUCUAGCUGAUUGCCAUUGGUCCACACAUCAAGUUUCUGUUGUGAUUUACCAUUUUCAUGAAAGUAUUUCUACAUGAUUUCGUAAUUAAUAUAUAUAAGUUAAGCAAUAAACAUAAAUCAAUAACUACCACGUCUACUGUUAAUUUAUAGAUAUGUGCAUAAACAAGUUAAUUUACGCAAAAUUUUGUACUUUAACUAAUACUGUUUAUUAUUAAAUUACUGUGGUAAUUGUACUAAUUAAUGAUUGCUUGGUACUUGAUUGCAAGCUUAAAACGAAUGCCAAAUAUAGUACGUUUGAUUAUGUUCAUUUCGUUCUACCUGCCUUAAAUCGCACUAUUUCGGGAACUCUUAGUUAGCACAUUAAUCCGAAUACUUCUAAUUAUCAUACUAGCGUCUCGAUAAGGUCGAAUCUUGGACAGUUGUAUGUUAAUUCAAGUGGGGAUGUCUUUGAAAACGAUAUGGAGAGAUCUAAAAUCUCGUGCAUGACUAGAAAAGAUUAAAGAUAAUAAAUUCACAGCUUAAUUCCUGACAUUUAUUGGAAAAGACGUGUAUAACGUACUAAGGAUUUGGCUUUUCCAGAGAAAUCAACUUCAUUGUCAUAUGGAUCUCUCAAGGAGUUUCUACUUGGUCAUGUGCAGAGACGGAUCAGUGUCAUAUAAUGAUGCGACAGAAUGGGCAGAAAGUUAGAGACUUUAUACUUGAACUAUAGAAACAGGUCGUGACGUGCAAUCUUGGAGACUGGUUGGAAAUUCAUCUUCGUUAUCGGUUGACUGUUGGGAUAAAUAUUCCAAAUAUAGAAAAAGAAUACAUUCAAAAACCUACAAGUUCAUUCAAAAAAAUUAGAACAUAUAUUUACUAUAGGGCUGUAAACGAGCUUGGUUUCCAGUCAGUGAGAAUUUC